UGUGUUCGGAGCUUGUGAUCGGAUGAUUGUGUAAGGCAAAAUAGCUUUAAUGUGCAUCAAUGUUAUUCCAUAUUUUAAUCAUAUGACUUUUAUUCGUAUGGCUGUAAUAUAAGACCCACAGGGAUCUAUGUAUAGUAAAAUCACGUGGAUAAAUCUAUUAAAAAAAAACGGGUUGGUGUGAGUAGUGAUAAUGUGUGAUUGAAGGGCUACACACGUCACUAAAGAAGAGCGAGGAUUUAAUUGAUCAGUCAGAUAAGUAUAGAUAAUAUCAACACUAGUCAAGGUGUCUCAGGACAGCUGUACAGUUUCUACCGCUAUAGCUUUAUAGCGACGAAAAUAUGGCGGCUUUUGGACUUAUUGAAGCCACUUCGAUUACCGUUGUCUUGGUGGUGUUAUGCUCGGCUGAAACACCAGAGCAGGCUCCAACCGUGUAUGUCUACAACAUCCCUGUGCAUCAAGGACAAACUGUGCGGCUGAAGGCGUAUCACUCCAUGGUGGAUAUCACGUGGGAGGUGGAGGGGGGAGAGGUCAGCGUGACAAACGUCACGUUAGAGUGUGGCAGUUUGGGCCAGACAACCAACGGAUCACGUGGGACGUACAGAGCGUCAUACACGUCAUUCACGUCAUCCCUAAGCAGACGUCGGUGUGUGUGUACAGCCAAUCACGUGACUGGUGUAUCCAAGGCCACGACGUUUUACCUCAAGCCAGACCCUACACCAGAAAUUGUGAAGUUCACAGCCAAUGGCGAGGGUUCUUUACUAAAGGUCAGCAUAAACCAACCAAUCAAGUUUGUCUGUAGUGCUGUAGAUGACCUCUACGACGCAGACUGUACGUUGAAAGCAGUAACCUCAGGCACAAUACUGAACAGCGGAUCCUGUUCUCGAACAUUCGAAGGAUUCGUCACAGAUAUACCAGCAGUGGGAGGGUGUGGGGUGAGCGAGAAAUACGAGUGUAAAGCGACACGGCGCGGCCUGUUGAGUGACAGCAAGACACUACAGGUGGAUACAGUGUGUAAUACAGGUAAUACAGGUGUACUUUCUGUGGCCUGGAAUGUCCUGUUGUUGACAUUUCUGGUCCUGUGUAGGGUAGUCAUGGUCUAGUCUUAAGCCAGAGUCCGCCAUCUUGUAGCGUUAUCCGUAUGUUGGAUAAAGAAUGUUUUAGGAAUUAAUGUAACACAUGUGCUACUAAAAAUAAUCCAAGGAAAAUAUAUAGUACAUCUAUUAUUGUAAUACGAUGCUGCAGAUUUUUUAAAAAUAUAAAUGUUCUAUUAUUUAAUACAUUUCUAUUUUGACACACAACUCUGUUAAAAUUACAUAAAAAAUGUAUUAGUCAUUUCUAUUUCAAAGCUAUUACGCUAAAAUAGCUUAAAAUGGUUUAUCUAAUGGCUGUGUACAUUAUAUAACUGAGUAUGUGUUUGUGGAUAAAUGUACUAGUACCGGAAGAAAUUAAUGUACAUUAUUUAGCACUUUACACAUUACUAAAUUAUUUUUUUAAUUUGUAAUGUAAAUCAUAAACCUGUUGAUUUAUCUGUACGAGAUUAUUAAAAAAUCGAACAAAAAUUAACAGGUUAUUUUUCAAGUUUUUAACCAUUUUUUUUCAGGUAAUAAUUAAUUUAAUUCACCGUAAUAAAUUAACAAAGAGCAAGUUAUCCUAAAGUAUAUGUCAAUAAAAAAUAUUUCCUCUGACAAACAUAACUAGAAAACUGCUAGACUGCACUUUAUGGGACUAGUUCUCUUGCAUUCCCUGAAGCGAAAAAAAAACUUAUGUUUUCCUACAUAUCGAAACUUUUAAUUGAAUGUGAUAUGCUAAUCAUCAUAGGCAAAAUAUAUUAUAAACUAAUGGUUUGA